AUGUCUCAUCACGACCAACAACCUCAUUGGGAAAGAUCAAGUGGAAGUCGUUCAACUCAUCCACCGGUUCUUCCUCUUCGUCAUCAAGACGAUCCCAGAGAAACACAAAGACAUCACGCGCCACAAGGAUCACUCCAUCCCAAUCGACAUCAAGACCUGGAUGGUGAACAUUACACGGAGUCUCGGUAUGAUCGUUCCUACGGUUUCCCACCUCUUGUACAACCUCGACCACCUAUUCAUUCUUCCGGUCCACCCACCACUUCAGCAAGUUCUUUCCAUGUCUUCUAUCCAUCCGAUCCCUCCCCUAACACAACCAACCAUGUCGGUCCUUCUCGACAACCACCAUCAAGAUAUAUGAACCCAAGUGAGACGGCUUCUCAAUGGACAAGCAGGUAUCCUCAACCAUCCACUUCCCUGGUCUUCGAUGAGAAAGAGAGUCGACCGGUUCAAUGGGGUCGAAACCAAAGUAGUUUCAACAAAUCAAAGCAAGAUUUUCCCAAUAAAAGUCAUACGUAUCCACCUACCCUCACAUUACCCAUCGCUCCUCCUACACAGUCCACAUCAUUAGAACGUCGUAUGGAAGGAAACAAAUCGAAAAGUUGGCCUAGCCAUGAAUUGCACUCUCAACAUCUGGAUUCAAGAUCCUCGAUUCGAUCAACGCCUUUUCCUCCACUUCCGAGUACCAAAAAUGAUGAAGCAGGAUCAACUAGAACACUAGCUGGUACACUCAAAACCAACAUAGCGACCCCAGGAAGCAGCUCAAGGGAUACUUGGAUGACCGACCAACCAAGAGUGACUGAACACCCAGGAACACACUUUGAACCCCAUCGACAUCCUCUCCCUCCUGCUGUCUACCCGGGUUUGACGGUAGGAUCUACUCGUCUGAGAGGUUUUCAACCUGAUUACCACCGUCCCACCACUGUACGUCUUCCACCUGCAUCAUCAUCAGCUAUCAACGGCACGGAAUGUAUCAAAGCUGGUACGGUGGAAGUUCAUUUGAUUCGACUACAUAAAUCAGCUCAUUGGGAAGAGGAUAAAGGGGAAAGGGAAGAGGUUGGGAUUGGUUAUGGGGUUUGA